ACAGUCACAUAAUCACUUUAAGAUGUUUUCUUGUUCAUGUUUUUUGUUUGUUGCGGUUGCACCCGAUUCAAGAGCCGAAUGGCUCACAGGGCUAUACCAAAUAAAUUAACUAUGAACUAUAAAUGAACUAUGUUGUGCUGGGAUUGUAUUGGCGGUGAGUGGUGGUUACGUUUCAAGUUGAGAGACGAGGGUAGUCGCGGGUGCAAUGGUGGGUGUGUGUGUGUGAAUGAGCGAGUGACUGAAUGGGUGAGUCAAUGAGCGGGUGAGUUUACGUUGCAAUGUUUUUGUGGCUUAACCAGGUGAGAACUCGAGAGACCAGGAGAGUCUUAAUUCGAAAGAGUGACCAAGGUUACCAAACUGAUGAGCGAAACAUGUAAAGACAAAUAGAAAUCGGGCCGAGUGGGAAAGUAGUUUCCUUGCCUACAUGAAGGGCCUGUAAAGACCUGGGAUGUAUUUUGGCCCUAGUUUUAAGUGAUCCUAGGUUCUUGCUCGACUCGUAAUACGAGUCAAAGGCGGGGCUGAUUGACAAGUGGACGUUAUUGUCUUGCUCACCGAGUGGCAGACAUUGUCUCCUUCAUAUAUACGUCCAUAUAAAAUAUAUACGUGUAUAUAAAAGUACACUUCCCGUCAACAACAUGACCUCCUGGGAGUGCAUAACGUCGGCAGCCUUGCUUCAUGAAAUACGUACGAAAGCUGGACCGGUUUGGACUUUCAUUGUCAUGAGCAGUCCAGGUUUGUUUGGAUUCACUGCUGUUUUAACUGCCUGACGUAAUAGGCAAGAACCCUCUUUAAGGCACAUUACUAACACUGGCCUUUUAAGGCAGUGUUAUUGACGAAUGUUUUGGAGCUUUGUUAUUUGUGCACUACUGCCAACGAAGUAUCACCAAAUCAUGUAAUAUAUUUGAGAUAUUGUUUCUUUAAGCAAAGAUCCCCCGUUUAGGCUGUUGGGCAAGUGCUGUUAGCGAGCACAUAUGAAGACCAGAAUGUCGUACAAUGGAGUUUGUGGCCAACACGACGUCCAACCGCCUUUGUCUCCCCAGUGAAGAUGUUUACACAUUGCACCGGGUACUCAUUUGAGGCUGAGUCGAUCUAGGAGAGGCCUGAGAGUUUGGGAAACUGCUGUAAACGAAUCACCACUAUAAGGGUUGUAGGCGCAUCGCCUGUGUCCUGUGCGGAUUCGAUUGAGAGCUGUCCACUACCUUUGAGGGAGAUCGCAGCCCUUGGAUCAGUGAUAAGGUGUUGGUUCUUUAUGUUGCAUGCAUCCCACCUUCCCAUCCACACCACGGGAAGGUGGGGUGAUAUGGCAACAUGCCAGUGGCUGGUGACGCAAACUUGACCCACACUCUGCAGGGGGAAGUGGCAGUGGACUUUAGCACCUACGUGAGGCCCCGGCGGGGGUAUGGGGGGCAGGCAGGGGGACCACUAACCACAUCAGGUAAGGGUAGAGGUUCGCGGGAGACCCGCUCAUCGCUGGACAUUUGCUACUCGCACGGCGGUACAGAUAUGGCAAUCCCAUCCCGAGAAACCUGGUUUCAGCGCCGUUCUAAAGCCAGGUCAGGCCAGGCCACCCAAGACUGGCAGCACUCACAGAAGGGAGGUGUUGUUUCACCCAGGCAACUCACAUACGCGCUUGUGUAAUCAGCGCUGGCUGAGGUUUGGUGGACAGAGGAUGGCAGAGGGCAGGCAAGACGAGGUUUUAAUCGCAUAUCGUUCGUACACCCCCCCCCGCCCCUGUUGUUGGUGGCUGCAACAAAAAAGAUAAUGAGCCGAAAACUGAAAAGGCGAGUUGCAAUGGGGAGGUCGGGCAAGUGGGUGGUUUAGCAUUUGUUUAGCUUGCACACUAGUGAGGUUCCAACCAUAACCAACUAGCCCUGUGUACACAAGUGCUUUCCAUAGCCAAAUAAACUGAACCCACUAACUAGACCACCAGUCCAUAAACAAGUAAUUACUGAGCAGCUGGCCUUAUCCUUAACCCUAAUCAACUAGCCCCUAAGCAUAAGCAACUAUAAUAGCAGCCACCAGUCGUAACCCUAACUCCCUCCAGUGGCUCCCCAGGUCCACUUUUCAUAUUUUAUUCUCUUUGCAGUGCUGGUGUUCACACUAAUAAUAUGAUUCAACUUGUAAUGCUCCGCACAGUAUCCACUCACUCUUCUCGCGAGAGAAUGACUCGGAGGUGCGAGGAACCAAAGACAAGCGGAAACGCAGCCCUUUGGGCUGUGCCCGUGAUUGACGGUGAAGUCAUGAUGACACCACCACAGCGGCUGCGUGUGGCCGUGGUGGGAGCCGGUGCGGCGGGCCUGUGCACCGCUCGCCACAUCUUGGAUAGCCCUGCUGACUUCGUGGCGCCGGUCGUGUUUGAGAUGGACUCCGUGGUGGGAGGGACCUGGGUUUACAAGGAGCUGCCGCCUGAAUCCGACGCGAGUUGCCCUGUCUUCUCGAGCCUCUACCGCGACCUCAGGACAAAUCUGCCCAAGGAGGUGAUGGCCUUUCCCGACUUCCCAUUUGACAAGAAUCUGCCAUCCUUUAUACACCACAGCGACAUGCGAGCCUACCUGGACCAGUACGCCGACAACUUCAGCAUUCGGCCACACGUGAAGUUCCAGUGGCGGGUGGAGCUGGUGCAGCCGGUGCCGGGACCAGCUGGCACAGAGGACCGCGUGGCCUGGGACGUGACGGCCUGCAGCCUGACCGAUGGGCACCGCACCACGCAGCGCUACGACGCAGUCAUGGUGUGCAACGGCCACUAUUCUGAACCGCACGUGCCAGAUAUUCCCGGCGUCGGUCUCUUCCGUGGUGAGAUCCUCCACAGCCACGACUACCGCAGCGCCGAGCGCUUUGCGGGACGGCGCGUAGCGCUGCUCGGCGCUGGCGCCUCCGGCCAGGACAUCGCUGUAGAGCUGUCCGGCAUGGCGAGCCAUGUCCUGCUCUGCCACCGCGGUGCCAAGCCGCUCCCCUCCGCGCUGCCGUCCAACGUUCAGCAGGCGCCCGCCGUGCUGGCGCUGACGGAGGGCGGCGUGGCGUUGGCCGACGGCACAGAGCGCGCAGUCGACGCGUUUGUGUUCUGCACGGGCUAUCGCUACUCCUUCCCCUUCCUGGCGGAGGAGGCGGGGGUCCGCACGGGCGACGACGAGCGAACAGUGGCGCCGCUCUACCGACACCUUGUCCACGUGGACAUGCCGACGAUGUUCUUCAUUGGGUUGUGCAAGGUGGUCGUCCCCUUCCCACUGUUCGACUGUCAGGUGCGUUUCUCGCUGGCGACGCUGGUGGGCCGCGCGUCCCUCCCAUCACGCGGCGAGAUGGAGGAGGAGGCACGGCGCGAGCGGGAGCAACGCCGUACCGCGGGGGUCCCCGAGCGGCGCGAGCUCGUGCUGGGGGAGCGGCAGUGGGGGUAUGUGGCAGAGCUGGCGCGGUUAGCCGGCGCACCCCACGCGGCGCCGCCCCCCUGCGUGCGUGCGAUCUACGACGACGUAGCGAAGCGGCGUUCACUCGACCUGCUUGCGUACCGCAGCGUUAACUACGAGGUGACCGGGCCAGAGUGCUGGCGCUUGCUGCCUGGUGAUGGCGGCAGACGAAACGGUGCAAAAGGCAAUAGUGGAAGAUAAGAGGGUGGCAGUGGAGGUGGGAGAGGAGACGGCGGAAGAGGAGACGGCGGGAGAGGAGGUGGUGAGAGAGGUGGCGAUGGGAGAUGAACGGAUGUUGAUGCUGGUCGAUGAUUAAUUCAUCUAUGUGAGGAGAUAUGGCAAAUGUGUGUUCUGCACUUCACGUGCACGGCCUUGGAGUUUUUUGACAAUAAUAAUAACACGUUGAGCCCUUUUGUGAAUUCAUUCCAUUGCUGAUGAAGGCCUCUCCACAACUGGUACAACGUUGCAGUUGUGUGACCAUACUUCAUCAUGCUGGUCAGUGUGGUUUGUUGAAGUGGAAGGCGCAGGUCUGGUUCAGAUAUCGCCCACCACUGAUUUUGGCCGUGGCCGGGAAUCAAGUUCAGAUCGCCGGCUCCGCAUCGUGGUACAUUGACCAAAGUGCCGCCGCUCCACUCGCAAAGUUUGGUACAUAUAUCAACAAUUUUACAUAAAAUCUCACUUGAAUAAGUGACUAAAUAUACAAGGCACUUUACAGUAUAAAGUUGUAAAUGUAUGAAUGUUAAAAAAAUCUAAGUAUAACGUGUUGACGUUAAAGUUGUAUCCGCAAUAAUGUAUUUGUUGGAGCGCCGCUUGGUCACUACCGUUGAUCAGAUUGAAAGUGACGCAUGCUCUUUGUCCCAUGGCACUGGCUUUUGAGAAGAAGGGCUUCUUACCGGGGGGUUCAUUGGUCCGCUCAGGGGUCCUCGGGAAUCCUUCGGGCGAGAAGGAGGUGGGGGUCUACAUUAAGGUAGGGGCCUCAGAGGGGGCAACAAAGUGUCAAGGCAUUUCCAGCUGAAUCUGCACCCAAGCAGCUUCACAGUUGUCACUUUAACCCUCUCGUCUGUGAUUAAAAGCAAGUGAUGUUUGUUUGUUUAUUUGUGAUUUAAGUCAAACAAACCCCGCAAUAUGCUGAAUUAGUUUUUAUAUAAUUCACAAAAUUCUGAUGACGUCCACUGCAGUCGACACGGAGCUUUCCACUGGCCGUCAGCUGGAUAAUCGGUGGGGCCAGGGCAUCCAUGGCCACCACUCGAGGUGCUAAAUAUUUAGCAAUGCCAGUUUCUUCCGAAAGUGGCUCAUACGAGUGCUUAUUAGGUAAAGUUAUUUUAUGAUUUUACUAUUUUUGCUGAUUUAAAGAUUGUUUCGUAAUUGAAAUAUUUCACUUGAAAAUGCAAUACAGGCAGGAAAUAUCGUUUGCAAGAGUGUCCAAAUGGUCUUGGAACCACUGGCGUUUGGCCAUCUCAAGUGGCAUCAACCCAGUAAAGAUUUGGUUGGGACUGGAAUGGCAAGCUCUGCUUCACCCAGGACCCAAAUUGUCCACUGCGAGGUCGUCACACCGAGUAGAUGGCAGCCCUAUAGAGAGAGAACCGCCAUGCACCAGGAGCUUUGGGGAAUGCAUUACCGUGGAUGAAAUUACAACACAGAGCGCGGUCCACCGCAGUGGACAGGGCGGAUGCACAAUGGUGUUAAUGGUGGUCCGUGAGAUUGUGGGGGCGGUGGCUGUGAGAACUCUGACCCAAGGGGUAGUAAAGACCGCCUGCUGAA